AUGGUCCUCUGCAAAAUGUCGGACAGAACAAUGGCGCGGCAAGUACUGCUGUUUAUUUGGUUUCUUUCUCUCAGUUCGGCUCUCGGGCAGGUCAGUUACUCAAUUCCUGAGGAAAUGGCGAAAGGAUCUUUAGUCGGAACCAUAGCGCAGGAUUUGGGUUUAGAUUUAAAGAGACUGAAAUCUGGUAAAGCGCGUAUUCAUACAGGAGAUAGCGCUGAAUACAUCGAGCUGAAUAAAGAAAGAGGAGUCCUCCUUAUCAAAGAGAGAAUAGACCGAGAGGCGCUGUGCGGACAGACAACGCCUUGCGCGCUACAUUUACAGAUUAUUCUCGAUAAUCCUAUGGAACUGUUUAGGAUAACUGUUGAAAUCACAGACAUAAAUGACAAUUCUCCCAUUUUUAAAAGAGAUGAAAGACGAUUUGAGAUCAGCGAAUCAGCAGUUGUUGGUUCAAAAUUCAUGCUGGAGAAAGCAAUAGAUGCAGACAUUGGCGCAAAUGACCUACAAAGCUAUUUGCUGCAACCUACUGAUCAUUUUGAUUUAAAACUCCAUAGUCAGAGUGAUGGAAGUAAAAAGGUUGAAAUGAUUCUACAAAAGCCUUUAGACAGAGAAAAACAGGAAAACAUGUCUUUGAUAUUAACCGCAGUAGAUGGUGGAGAACCACCGAAAUCAGGUACAGUUCAGAUUCAUAUUACAGUGCUUGAUGCAAACGACAAUGCUCCAGUUUUUACUAAGCCUAUAUAUAGAGCGAUAAUUACAGAAAACUCCCAAAGUGGCACAUCACUCAUCACUGUUAGCGCAUCUGAUUCUGAUAAAGGGUCAAAUGGAGAAGUUAGUUAUUUAAUUGCAAACAGUGACGGUGUAUCUGACAUUUUUCAUAUUGAUGAAAAUGGGUUGGUGACGUUAGUCGGAAAAAUUGACUUUGAAACCUCUAAACAUUACCAAAUUGAUAUAGAAGCAGUAGAUAAUGGUGGACUGUCUGAUUCUAGUAAAAUAAUGGUCGACGUGACUGAUAUAAAUGAUAACACGCCUGGCAUCACAGUUAUGUCAAAAUCUAAUGCAAUACCUGAGGACUCGCCAAAAAGUACUGUGAUUGCCAUGAUCAGUGUUAACGAUCCGGAUUCUGACAGUAACGGACAGGUUCAAUGCAGUGUAAAUGAAAACAUUCCUUUUACAAUCAAAUCAACUUCAAAUGGAUUUUAUAGUAUUGUGACAGACAGUGAUUUAGACCGAGAGCUCGAGUCUGAGUAUAACAUCAGUGUGACGUGCGCGGAUGAGGGUGUGCCCUCUCUCUCCAGCAGCGUCAUACUCUCCUUAAAGAUAUCAGAUGUGAAUGAUAACGCGCCUGUCUUUGACAAGAGCUCAUAUGAGGCAUCUGUUCAAGAAAACAACACACCGGGUCUUUCCAUAUUCAGAGUCAGAGCCAGAGACGCAGAUUUUAACCAGAAUGCCCGUGUGUCUUACAUACUGGAGGACUCGUCGGUAAACGGAGUCCCCGUCUCCUCUUUAGUGUCCGUUAGUGCUGAUAGUGGAGUCAUACAUGCAGUACGAUCUUUCGAUUACGAGCAGAUCAAAGAUUUCCAGUUCCGCGUAAAAGCGCAGGACGGAGGAAAUCCUCCUCUCAGCAGCAACGUGAGCGUAAAAAUAACGAUUCAGGACCAGAAUGACAACGCACCUCAGGUUCUGUAUCCGGUCCAGUCAGGCGCUUCUGUGGUCGCUGAAAUAGUGCCUCGUUCGGCAGAUGUGGGUUAUCUGGUGACUAAAGUCGUGGCUGUUGAUGUGGACUCUGGACAGAAUGCUUGGCUCUCUUAUAAACUACAGAAAGCCACAGACAGGGCGCUGUUUGAAGUGGGCUUACAGAAUGGAGAAAUAAGAACUGUACGCCAAGUUACAGAUAAAGAUGCUGUGAAACAAAGGCUCACUGUUGUAGUGGAGGACAACGGGCGGCCCUCUCGAUCAGCUACAGUCAAUGUUAACGUGGCGGUGGCGGACAGUUUUCCUGAAGUGCUCUCGGAGUUCACUGACUUUCCGCACGACAAGGACUACAACGACAACCUGACUUUCUAUCUGGUCUUGGCCUUGGCUGUAGUUUCGUUUCUCUUUAUCGUGUCUAUCAUUGCCAUACUGUCAGUCAAAUGCUACAGAUGGAGACGCGAGCAGAUGUUUUACAAAUCUGGAGCAAAUCUUCCAGUUAUUCCGUAUUAUCCGCCUCUUUACGCAGACGUAGGGGGCACAGGAACUUUACAGCACGUGUAUAAUUAUGAGGUUUGCAGAACCACUGACUCCAGAAAGAGUGAUCUGAAAUACGGCAGACCUUGCAGUGAGAGCAUCAUUAGUCUGGACAGCAGCGGAACACAGACACUCACGCAUGCGCAAAGGGAGAGGCUGAACUUUGACGAUUGUGAGGAUCAGGUGAGAAUUUUUUUUUAUAGGUGAGAACAUUAUUUUAUA